GCCUUUCCGAAAAAGUAGGCGGUAAUUAUCAGUGGAAAAUGGCGAACAGCCAUUAGUUGGAAAGGGGGUACCUGCGAUUGGAGGGGUACCUGGGAUUGAUGAGGCGCAGUGGCCAAUGAGACUGCGGCGACUGAAUGACCGGGCCCCAGUUAAAGGGGGCGUAAAAGGAGAAAUUGCCAGUCCAGUGAGAAAGAGAGACCCACCGAGAUAAACACAGACAAACGAAAGAAAUAAACACAACCAAUCGGAACGACAAUCCGAGAUGCAUCGAGGAUCCGCAAUCUGUGAGAGGAAGCUCGAGUGAGACAAUUAUUCAUUCUUGAUGUUUGUGUAAAAGCACAGGCAUUCAGUAAUUCUCAAGGAAAAACGCAAAGGAAUCUUUUCGCAUCUUUUCAUGGGGAUUGUGAGUUACAAGUGAAGUACGAGGGAAAAUAUAUAGAAGCGCUCAGUAAGACAAACCUUAGGUUGCGUUUUGCUACCAGCGGAUCAUCGCUUUGAACUUCGCCUGAUGUGUUUUUCACGUUCGGAAAGCGAGACCUCCGUAGAAGGCUAGGCGUCUUAUUUUUAUUUAUUUUAUUUUUUUGCUUACAGUUGAACUGACUUGCUGCUACACAUACAUUUGUUUCCAACAAAAUUUCUGUUCGCUGAGAAAACAUGUUACUGGACGCUGGUCACCAGUUCCCUGGUUUGGGAGUUGGCACGUUUGCCAGACAUCACUCAUCAAGCGAAAUGCAGGACAGAGACUUGAGUUUAGCACAGAAUAGCUUUGUCGAUUCUGCACACAUGGGUGCUUUUAAACUGAACCACGAUCUCUCUCCGGGACAGAGCUCUGCUUUCACCUCUCAGGCAGCGGGCUACCCCGCUGCUGCUCUGGGUGCGCAUGCUGCUCAUGUCACGUCGUACGCGAGUUCGCCUUUUAACUCUACCAGGGAGUUUCUCUUUCGGAGCCGCGGCUUCGGAGAAUCGUCUCCGGCGAGCAGCCAGCAUGCUCUCUUCGGCCCCACGGCGGGGUCUCUCCAUCACUCCCAUGCAGACGGUCAGGGCCACAUAUUAUUUCCUGGGAUCCACGACCAGCAUGGAUCCCACGGGUCUCCGAAUGUGCUCAACGGACAAAUGCGACUUGGACUACCGGGGGAAGUUUUUGGGCGAUCGGAUCAAUAUCACCAGGUCUCCAGCCCCAGGACCGACCCUUACUCUGCAGCCCAGCUCCACAAUCAGUAUGGCUCCAUGAAUAUGAACAUGGGCAUGAAUAUGGCAGCCCAUCACCACCCCGGUGCCUUCUUCCGCUACAUGCGGCAACAGUGCAUCAAACAGGAGCUCAUCUGCAAGUGGAUCGACCCGGAGCAGCUCAGCAACCCGAAGAAGAGUUGCAAUAAAACUUUCAGCACAAUGCACGAGCUGGUGACUCAUGUCUCGGUAGAGCAUGUCGGAGGUCCAGAGCAGAGCAAUCACGUCUGCUUCUGGGAAGAGUGUCCGAGAGAAAGCAAGCCUUUCAAAGCCAAAUAUAAAUUGGUGAACCACAUCCGAGUCCAUACGGGAGAGAAGCCCUUUCCUUGCCCAUUCCCUGGAUGUGGCAAGGUUUUCGCGCGGUCUGAAAACUUGAAGAUACACAAGCGAACGCAUACAGGAGAGAAACCAUUCCAGUGUGAGUUUGACGGCUGUGACAGACGCUUUGCCAACAGCAGUGACCGAAAGAAGCACAUGCACGUCCACACCUCAGACAAGCCGUAUCUCUGCAAAAUGUGUGACAAGUCGUACACGCACCCCAGCUCUCUCAGAAAGCACAUGAAGGUUCAUGAAUCAUCUCCUCCGGCGUCUGACUCCUCGCCAGCAGCCAGUUCCGGCUACGAGUCCUCGACACCCCCUGGUCUGGUGUCCCCAUCGACUGAGACCCAGAGCAACAACAAUCUGUCGCCCGCGUCAGCGGUUCACAACAACAGCGGACACAGCAGCCUGUCGUCCAAUUUCAGUGAAUGGUAUGUUUAGGACUGAUACUGCAGUACCAAUUCACAGGAAGAAAG